UAGACCUACUGUUUCAAGCCUGUUGGUUUGUCAACUGGUGCAUGGCUAUUUGACGGGAAAAUACCAUUAGAUCUAUGACUAGUACGCUUUUCAUCUUGAGAAAGGGAACCCUUAAACCAUGUUUGUCUGGAGGUGGUUUCAUAAGAGGCGAGUGCGAGAGAAACGCCCCAGCCGUCAUCAUCGGCCAGGAGAUGACAGCGCCGUAGACCGGGACAGCGCGACCGAGUCACGGGGAGAACAGACGGCUGGAAUCCCGACUACCAAGCCGCCGGACUCGCCUGGCUCUGACGCAGAGGAUGUAGUUGACGACGUCACGAACUGUACUUCAAAUUGCUGUGUGGUUCAUCCGACUCUUAGGUAUGAGUCAAACCUCUGUGAUCUUCCAGACGAAAUUCUCCUUCGCAUCGUCUCCUUCAUCUACCCCAUGGACAGGACCUUUGCCAGUCUCAAGUUGUCCUGCAAACGGCUCCACGCAAUCGCAGAAGAUCUGUCACUAUACCACCUCCGCGCCCUAACGGUGCCACCAAAGUCCAUGUUCUCUUUUCCUGUCCUGCAGCGUGUACUUGAUGUCUCCGGUGGAGCGUUGGUCCGAAUGGACCUGUCUGGAUGCGAGGACAUCACCGACUACACGUUGUUCAGAAUGGCAGUUCACUGCGGGAAACUGAACAGCUUGAGCUUGUCGGGGUGCAAACAGAUCACCAACGGUGGACUGAGGGUGAUCGGUAGCUAUCUGAUACACCUGCAGGAGUUAGACGUUAGCUGCUGUCCAUUCAUCACGUGUGCAGGUGUGGUACACCUCUUCAAGAUGAUCGGUACUUCGCUGGUCUCCAUCAAUCUCAACGACUGUUUAGGUUUCAGGGAAGAUCCUCACCGACUUGUCACGCUGGCGUUCUUCUGUAGCUCUCUGAGACACCUUUCUGUAGGCUGGUCCCGGGAUCUGGUCAAGCUCAACCCGCUCCUGGACAUGGAUCUGGACAGGCUGACUCAGGGAUGUACGGAGUUAGAGUACCUAGACGUCAGCUACAGCCACUCCUCUAAUGGCAGCAUGCAGAGUAUAGCCCGCAACUGCCCCGUGCUGACGACACUCAUAACAAGACAGUGCUUCCUGCAAGAUACCGGUCUAGAACACAUUGGCCAGGGGAUGGGUAAACUUGAGUGGCUGGACCUCACGGAUUGCUGGUACGUCACGGACGCGGGGCUAGGCAGCCUGGCCAAUGGCUGUCCGCGCCUGCGUGUCGUCAUCCUGACGCGCUGCCACGAGGUGCGAGGAAGUGGCGUGGUCAAUUUGGCGACCUCCUGCAACCAGUUGGAGAAAUUCGUCCUGAAACAAUGCUUUCGAGUCGACGACCACGCCAUAAAAUGCGUCGGUUUGGGCGCUAAGCAACUGCGCCACCUCGAUCUCAGCUGUAACCAAAACGUCACGGCGGAGACGGUGAGGAAAAUACGAGAGGCCCGGGGAGGAGGACUGCGGAUCGUGACUAAUGGCUGCCCCAGGGUGCCGAGAGGUGGUGCUGCGUCAAGAUUUCUCUUCUUGAAGAAAGACACCAACUCCUUGAUGGUCUGGGAAACAGCCGUUUGAUAUUUCUGCAUCUUACCCCAGCAGAAGGCAUUUAGAGGUUGUCCCAUCGAAAGAGCGACGAUGUGCCGAAUGACGUCCCACGACGAAAUAUGUCGUUGGUGAAAGUGUUCAUGUAACAGUGCAUACGUCUAGGCAUUGAAGAGUUUGAAUCAGUCAGAGUCCUUGGAUAACACCAAGGAAUAACUGCAUACCUAAUUCCCAGAAGGUCUUUUCAGUAUCUAAGUAUGAUUUGUUUUGACAAAUUUGAAUAACAAUGUUUUUUUUAUCAAAUGACUGCCGUUUAUCAAGGUUGAUGACCAGUACAGUGCAUGUUUUCAUUGACUGUUGUCCUAAAAAGUAUAGACGGCCGUAAGGAAAUAAUUUUAUAUAUAACAUGUGGUGUAGAAAAGUUACUCAUUGGAGAAAAUAAAUGUAUUUACUGUAUAACUUUAUUAAUGUACAUAUAUAAUAAUAUUAUAUUUGCAUGCACUAUGAAUGCAAAGCGU